AUGAAGAAAAGGAAUAAGAUUAAAUUGCCCUCCUUGAAAGAUGAGGAUGUACCGUUUAAAGAUGACAAUGGUGCGAAACUAAAUGUUGAAAUGUUACAAGAUGAUUUUAACGAAGAGGACCCUCUGCCCCUUGUUGGUGGUCUUAAGAAAAUGGGACAAAUUCCGAUAGAGACUAGUGAGAAAACGGAAGAAAAGCACAAGUACGAUGGGUUGUUCAAGAAGGAUGUCAAAGUUUUGAAUUUGGAAAAUAUGGAUCUCGAUAUGGAUCCAGAACUGCAACCGCCGGAAUCUUUCCAACCAAAGUCCAAUUUCCGGGAGAAAGAUUAUGUCAAACUGCUAGACAAGGAAGAGAAAAAACAAAUUACGGCUCAGAUUAAAAAGUUUGGUGGUGAUAGUGACGAGGAUGAUGCAUUGCAAGAAUUUGAAGACGAUAGAUUGGCAUUGAGCAAUAGGGAACAAAAAUUGCAAGACGCCAGAAAGAAAAAACUAAUUCAAGAUGUAAUCGCGGAGGAUUGUCAAAACGAAGGCAGCAGUAGAGAAUGGGAGGCAAAUCUAAUGAACAGGGUUCAAAUACAGAGAGGUCCCACACUGCCUCCACUCUACAAGGGAAUUAUAGAUGGAAAUGCAUUGGAACAAGAAUUGUCGAGGGUUCAACAACAGAAGAGGCAACUAAAGGCAAAGUUGAUUCUUUUACAAAACCAAAGGCACAUUUUACGACAUACGAGAGAAGAGUUAGUGACAAGAAUCAAACAAUUGGGAACCUACUAG